AUUCACUUAUUUAAAGACCUGGACGGAUGCUGUGUAUGCAUAUUUUGGGGUCAGCUUACAGCAGCAAAACCCAUACUUUGUGUUUACCUAACUUGAGGAAUUUUUAUCCUCACUGCUCCGCCCAGCCUAUCAUCCAGAGUCUGGAACUUACACAGCCAAAGCUCUGAGAGAGAUUUGCAGUUCAUCCAACAGCUCCAACCGCAGAAGCCUCAUCCGACCUGACAGCCAGACUCGGAUCAUCUCGCGGUCCAUCUUUUUUUCCUGGAGACGGGAGCUCCACGGAGAGCUCCACAUUUAAACCCCAAGCUGUCUCUUCGACUGCUUCCCGCGAUUAUUAUGGACUAUGAGGAGGACGAUGAUGGGAACUUCACCAAGUGGAUGAGCAGUUACUGGGGGCACGGGGUGAGGGAGGACCACGCCAAAGCAAGAAAGAGGAGCUUCGUGAGGCACUCUCGCAUCAGAGCUGACCGCCGUGCCUCUUUGCCCUGCGUGUCUCAGCUAGAAGCCAUGCAGAGUCAGAUGCAUGCUAACAGCCUGACCCAUGCUCACCUAAUGAGCCGUGAGGAGAAGGAGGUGCGCUCUCACCCUCGCGCCCGCCGUGUGUCUUCUGACGAAAAUCGAAGCAAAGUGGCAGGAUCUGAGUGUCACAUCCCCACCAUUCCAGAGCUCGCCGAGUCUUUAGAGAAGCGGCUACGUUUCCACAACCAGAAAGUGAUAUCAACAGUUGACACAAAUAGCUUAUGUCUUAUCUGCCAUGAUGAAUUAAGGAAUGGAAGAGGUGGUAUGCAAGACCUUCACUGCACCCAUUUCCAUAAAGAGGCAAAAUGGCUGGAACAUGACGCACGACCACGUAGCGGGAGUUCUGCGGCCGCAUGCGAGCGGGGGAGUGAGAUGCCAUUCUGCCACGGACAGGAGGAAUAUCGCUUACCCCGUCGCCAACUGUCUUUACGUAGACAGCGUUGAUUGUAUCCAGUGUAAGGGCUUUGGUUUGAAAAAUACCAUAUGUACAUACCAACAAUAACAUUUAUAAAGUAAUCAGAAACAUUGAAUUGUUGGAUUAAAUAUGUCUUUAACUUCACACUACUUUGUUUAGUAAUCAACAGGUGACUUUGUUUGCUGUAAAAAUUGUUGUAUUAGUAAACUGUCAAUUAUUUAACUUAAAUUAAACUCAUCUGAUGUUAUUGUACAGUAUAUAAAGUAAUUGUGUUUAUCAUUGUAAAGUGCUAUUUGGAUCAAAACUGUGACUAUUAUUAAAAAUGCAUGUUGAUUUUAUUUUAUGAAUACUGUAUACAAUUCAAAUAUAAAUGCGACUUGUAAAGAUGUUAAUGUAUUGAUUUUUCAGUUCACAUGUCCAGAGUCACUGUUGUUGAUAUACAAUAGCUUGCUAAAUGUACAUGCUGGAAAUUAGCUGGUGGCUUAUCAGGCCACUGUAAUGGAAAUCAAUGCCAGUCCAAAAUUCUGCUUCACA